AUUAAAGUCUCAUUUUCUAUUACCCCACAGUACUUACACAAUCAAUACAUUUUUUGUUUUCCAUCUAUAAAUAGCACCACCAACUUCUACUCAUUCAUUCACUUGUUGUUUUUCUUGUAUGUUUUCUUGAGAUCCCAAAAUAUGGAGGCCAAAAAUAUGCAAAGUCCACCACUGAAACCUUACAAAUAUUUGUUGGGAACACAGAUUUUGUUGAGAAUUUUGGCUACAGCAUUCACGUUGGCGUCCACUUGGAUUAUACUGACCAGCAAGCAAACUGUCACUGUAUUUGGCCUUGAGAUGGAUGCUCGCUAUAGUUAUUCUUCAGCUUUCAAGUUUUUUGCUUUUGCAAAUAUGAUUGGAUGUGCCUUCUCUGUUUUGUCUCUGUUUCUUGCCUCUGUUCUUGGCCAUAAAGGUCUUGAUCCAAAGAAUUCCUUUUACAUGUUCCUUCAUGAUUUGAUUGUGAUGGCACUGCUGCUAGCUGGAUGUGCAGCAGCAACAGCAGUUGGAUAUGUGGGGAAAUAUGGAGAGAUGCAUUCAGGAUGGAUGCCCAUUUGUGAUCAUGUUGACAAAUUCUGUCACAAAGUUACAAAUAGUGUCAUGCUCUCCUACUUUGCUGUGCUUUUCUACCUCUGCCUUGCCAUUAUCUCUGCAAAUCAAUCCAGACAGAUCCAAGUUUAACAUUCCAGAAAUAUCGUUUUGUUAACGAUACAUACAUCAGAAGUUGAAUCAGAGCAACUAAUGAUUUUUUCUUCAUGUACUAUUCUGAAUGGACGCAAUGCUAUUUAUUAAGGGCUACCUCAGGCCAAAUGCGUGUUGUAUGUUAGUUUUUGGGUCUAGUGUACAAGAUAUUUACAGAUCAAUCUUUUAGUUUGAGUA